AUGGUUUCACUGUUCUCGGACUGUCGAGGUCCGCGCUGAACGUAUUACCGGACCCCACCCGAACGAUCGCUUGUGGCAGUCUUACUCUUCCCGCUGCCUCAUUAUCGUACUCGUCGACCUCACCUGUCUGUCUUUGAUCAUCCACCUUCCUUCCCCGACCGGGCUGUUUGGGGCUUGUAGACAAUCGUCGCUGACGGCCCAGGUGUUCCACGACACGUCGACUUGGUAUCGCGCAGACCGCGCCUCUCUCCGCCUAGCUUGACCGAACAGACCAGCUCUCGUUCAUCAUGUAAGCACGACGAGUGCAAAUACAUCCCCUUGCAUGGUGAAGCUUACACCUAACAUCUCGGUUCACGCUCGUACAGGUGCGGCAUCUUUGGCUACGCGUCCUACCUGUGCGAAAAGGUUAGUCAACGUACCCUAUCGGCCGCAAACUACUCCAAAGCAGACUGCUGAGAUCUUUCCAUUCACCCGUGUCACCCUAGGAUCGUCGAUCUGUGCUCGAGAUCCUGCUCAAUGGUCUUCAACGCAUGGAGUACCGAGGCUACGACUCGGCCGGCCUCGAAGUCGAUGGCGACAACCCGGGCGAACCCAUGAUCUUCAAAGGCGUCGGCAAGGUCCAAGUCCUGAGGAAACACUGCUACGAGUCCAAGGUCGAUAUGGACAAGGUGUUCUUGAGUCAGACGAGUAUUGCUCACACGAGGUAGGUUUUUGAGCAGACGGACACGUGCCUUGGGAUUGGGAUCUCCGAGGUGUCUGCUCGGUAGUGACUGACAGACGACUUCUGAACGUCUGGUUUGUUCAGGUGGGCCACGCACGGUGUUCCCUCAAGUGAGUCGGAAUAGAGGUCUCUUUUGUUCCGUUUCCGUUCCGAUCAUCUCCGCUGACGUACACAUGCCAAUCGUUUCAGUCCUCAACUGUCACCCCCACCAAAGCGAUGCCUUGAAAGAGUUUACCGUCGUCCACAAUGGCAUCAUCACCAACUGUACGCCAUGAUGAUCUAUGACGGACCCAAUUCAAUUCGUGUUGAAACGUCCCCCGAUUUCACCUACAGACAAGGAGUUGCGACUUGUCCUCGAGAAGCGUGGCUACGUCUUCCGCACCGAUACCGAUACCGAGGUCGCGGCGGUCUUGGCCAAGUACCUGUACGACUCGCAGCAGGGCAAGCAGGUCUCCUUCACGUCGCUCAUCAAGAGUGUCAUCAUGGAAUUGGUGAGCUUUCUGGAACCUUAUCUGGCAUGCCCGAGUGCACGGUCUGAUGCUGAGGGCGUCCUGCUUUCGUCUGGACUUGCAGGAGGGUGCAUUCGCUUUCGUGUUCAAGUCAGUUCACUACCCGGACGAGGUCGUCAUCUGCCGACGUGGUUCGCCCGUCCUGAUCGGAGUCAAGACGGAGAAGAAGCUCAAGAUCGACUUCGUCGACGUCGAGUUCGCCCCGACCGAAUCCGACAUUCCCGAGAUCCCGGCCAACCCCAAUGGGUUGCUCGUCCCCGCCGCCGCUUCCGGUGCCAAGGGUCUGAUCAGAUCCCAGUCGAGGGCCUUCUUGAGUGAUGAUGGCAUGCCGCAACCUAUUGAGUUCUUCAUCGCUUCUGAUGCGUCGGCGAUCGUCGAACACACCAAGCGAGUGUUGUACCUCGAGGAUGAUGAUAUCGCCCACAUUGCGGAAGGAGGUGAGUUACGAGUGGUAUCCCUUAGACGAGACUGCGAUGACCGACCUGCGUCACCACACCUGCAGAGUUCCAUAUUCACCGACUCCGCCGCGACGACGGUGUUUCGGCGAUUCGUGCGAUCGAGACGCUCGAGAUCGAGCUCGCGGCGAUCAUGAAGGGGCAGUUCGACCACUUCAUGCAGAAGGAGAUUUACGAGCAACCCGAGUCGGUCGUCAACACGAUGCGAGGACGCGUCAACUUUGACACGCACACCAUCAUGCUCGGUGGUCUCAAGGCGUACCUGCACGUCAUUCGACGGUGCCGAAGGAUCGUCUUUGUCGCUUGCGGAACGAGUUACCAUUCGUGCUUGGCCGUGAGUCGGAGAUGCAUGCCUACAUCUCCCGAGAGGUGUCCUGUACUGAUGCAGUGAAUUGCCACGAGGCUCACAGACGCGUUCCAUUUUUGAAGAGUUGACUGAGAUCCCCGUCUCCGUCGAGUUGGCGUCUGACUUCCUCGAUCGCAAGACGCCCAUCUUCCGUGACGACGUGUGCAUCUUCGUCUCACAAUCCGGCGAAACGGCCGACACGAUCCUCGCGAUGCGUUACUGCCUCGAGCGAGGCGCGCUCAACGUCGGUGUCGUCAACGUCGUCGGGUCGACCAUCUCGCGUGAAUCGCACUGCGGUAUUCACGUCAACGCCGGACCCGAGAUCGGCGUCGCCUCAACGAAGGCCUAUACCUCGCAAUACAUCGCCUUGGUGAUGAUGGCGAUCCAAUUGAGCGAGGAUCGUCUCUCGAUGACCGGUCGACGAAAUUCCAUCAUCGACGGUCUGCACGAAUUGCCCGGUCAGAUCAAGCAGAUCCUGUUGCACGACAAGGAGUUCCAGGCGUUGGCGCAGCAGACAUUGGCGAAGGAGCGGUCGUUGCUGAUCAUGGGGCGAGGGUACCAACACGCGACCUGCCUCGAGGCGGCGUUGAAGAUCAAGGUCAGCUCAAGUGCGCAUUGCUCGGUCAUGAAGAGGCCUCUGCUGAUGCCAGUUUACGUGCUUUCCUCGCCCCUCAGGAGUUGACAUAUAUGCAUUCGGAAGGCAUUCUCGCUGGCGAGCUGAAACACGGGCCUUUGGCGCUCAUUGACGAAUCGUGAGUCGGCGCCCUAAAUGACGUGAUGCGGCGCUCGGCCGCUGACCACAAGGAUCUGCGUCCACACUUCUGCAGCAUGCCCGUCAUCUUGAUCAUGACUCAGGAUUCGCUGUACGCCAAAACGCGUUCGGCGUUGGAGCAAGUCACUGCACGCAAGGGAGCGCCCAUCAUCAUCGCCAACGACACCGACACGUCGCUCGACAGCAAGGUGCACCGCGUUAUCCGCGUGCCGCGAACGGUCGACUGCCUGCAGGGCUUGCUCAACAUCAUCCCCCUUCAAUUGCUGAGUUACCACAUGGCCGUCUCGAAGGGAUUCGAUGUCGACUUCCCAAGGAAUUUGGCCAAGUCGGUCACUGUGUAA